AUGGGGCAGUUGCUAGUUGUGGCUGCCCUGUGCUGUGCCCGCCCGCCCACGAGCAAGAAGCUUCACGACCUCAUCACGAACAAGGAGUCACGCGAGGCCAGCCAGAGGGGCAAAGGGGGCGACCAGGAAGAGGAUGCGGGGCAGAUAAGAGAGGAGGAAGUGGACGUGGUGUUGGAGGAGGACGAGGAGGCGGACGUGCACCGCAUCCGCCUCCCGGAGUUCCCCGGCGGCGCGGAGGCGUUCGAGUUGGCCGCCAAGUUCUGCUACGGCAUCAAGCUCGACCUCACGCCGACCACAGCCGCGCUGCUGCGGUGCGCCGCUGAGCGCCUCGGCAUGUCCGACGACCACUCGGAAGACAACCUCGUCUCCCGCGCCGACCGGUUCAUGUCACAGACCGUCCUGAGGAACCCCAGGGACGCCAUCCGCGCCCUCAAGUCCUGCGAGGGCCUCCUACCCCUCGUCGAUGACCUCGGCCUCGUGUCGCGCUGCGUGGAUGCCGUCGCCGACGACGCCAGGGAUGGCGACCACCAGCGCCGCCGCCGGGGCCACCUGGUUCGACGACCUCGCUGGCCUGUCCUUGGCCACGUUCACCCGUGUCAUUGCCGCCAUGAAGGAGCACGGCCUCGUUGCAGUAAGCACACGCCGCCACGGUGCCAGUGA